AAGCCGCCAUUUAUAGUAGAAAAUUGUAUCCAAUCGAUUCCAAUGCAUCAGUAAAUUUCAAAAGUAUCUCACAUGUACCAAAAGUGGACCUUGGCGGUGCACCAACAGUAACAAAAUCAAUGUUGUAGACCAGACAUACAGUAACCAACAAACUGAAGUUACUUACCCUUUCCACAAAGGUGUUUGUAGGCCUUUGGACUUCCAGCCUGGAUCCAGAUAAAUUCAAGGAAAUGAGCUUGGAAGAACAAAAAUACAGGCUUCCUUUCAACAACGUUGUCGUAUACAAAGUGGACAGCAUGAAACGCUUCUAUGGUUCAUACCCUGCCAAAGUCAUGUGAUCCACCAGACAAUAUGGGUUACCCUGGACCAAUGCUACAAACGGAAAGGGCUUUCCUGACGAAAAUAGAGGCACCGCCUCUCUCAAUAAUUGAGUGAAAUGAGACAUCAGCAGCAGUGAUUAGCUGAAAGCCGAUAGUUGGAUUUAGUCUCACUACUGGAGGGCGUCCCAUUGUGAAAAUAUGUGAAAAUAUUUGCAUGUUGUGUGAAUGAUGUUUACCUGUGUUCAAAACGGUAAAGACACCCUGAUCCGAGGCGUGUUACUGAAUCCAUAAAGAAUAAUCUACUCGCACGACUUCGAUACUGAAUUUGAUAGGAUGAAUUUAUAAUGAUUUAAUUUAACUGGAUGGUUAGAUAGAGAGCAGUAAUGUUAAAGGACUGAGGUAGCAUGUAGCGCAAUUAUUCUGGAUGACAAAAUUAUAUGUUAGUGAAAAGUUGAAUUAGGUUUUGGGUAAUUGAGUUCGGUGGAUAAUAUUAGUCAGACGCUGUGAUUUAAUGCAUGGUUUCAACAGUCAAGAUUAUAAGAUAGUAGUGUAACUGAAUCAUUUAGUGAUUUAAAUAAGUUUUCUGAUAGAUUGAGCCCCUGCAUACAAGGAUUACCCAUUUUUGUGGUUGAGAUAUACUGUUAUCUAGCUGAAAGUGUGGGUACUUUUAACUUGUAAGCUGAGUGGAUUGUAUAGGACGUUAUUUUUCAUAUUGAAUUAUCAAUGUGUUUGCUUUCAUUUCAUUAUUGUGAUACACUGUUUUUGUUAUAGAUACUUUGCUACUGAUUUAAGGAGUGAAAAUUGUGAUUUUUUUAAGUUCUUACAAAAAGAGUUAAUUAAAAUACUGUGAGUUGAAAGUUUAACAUAUUAUACAGAAAAAAGCUGCAGAUUGUUUUUUCAAAGAUAUUAUUGCAACAAGGACCACAUCUCAAGAGUGCUGGAAUUCUGAUGACCUCUGUUGCUGUUCACGUUUGAUAACAACAUAAUAAUUAUGAACAAAUCAGAAGAUUUCACGCUGGCAGUUUCCUAAAGAGAUCAAUCUCAAGACCAUCUGAAUCCUGAUCUCCACAAGUGUGACAGACAGAACCAUUUCAGAGGUAGAAAUGUCACACCACUAAAGAAAAUCAUAACAUAUUUAAGAAUAAAUCCUGCACAUUACUAUGACAACAUAAAGUGAAACAGAAGUUGAUGAAAGUGGCCUCCCUUGUCACCAUGGAGAUGAACUCACUGAGCACAACAUCAAACUUCAAACCACCCGGGAAACCCCAGCCAUCGGCACGAAGUUUAUCUGGACGCAACAAGCGAGGCAGCAAGACAUACAGUUCGUCGGAGGAUGACCUGCAUUCAGACGAGAACCUUCGUCCCUACGAGACAGUCAAAUCAGCUCAUCACGAUAAAAAGCUGAAUGGAUUAGGGAUCCCAGCCACCGGCAACGAGUACAUGAGUACCCCCGUGACCCCUUUGAUGGAGAAACAUGCCAACCCUAAUGUGUCCAGAAACGGCAAAGGUCGCACACCUUCCACCGCCUCAACUACAUCCAAAGGUCGUCUCUAUAGUUAUGUAAGUGGGUCAGACGGCGACGAUGAUGAACACGACACUUCAUCCUCAAGCAACAGACGACACAAACGUCAUUGGAAAAAGGGACCAGGGUCACACAGCACUAAUUCCUCGUCUAACGAGAUGGACCUGUAUCGUAUGAGGAAUGACCAGGUCUCCAACCUGUCUCUGUCGGAAGACUCGGAUGAAGCAGCAACCGCAAGUCCUGCUCGGUACCCACAGACAGGUUCGAUGCCCAACCCUCCCCCCUCAGCGCCACCACCCCCACCCCCACCCAUAGAGGACAUUCCACAGCGCGGCACGCCCACACACCAAUCAAAACCCACCCCGCAACAACAACAACAAUUGUGCAGACAGCACCAGGCUAUGUUGCAACGACAUCACCAGUUUGGGCCAAAGAUGCGGGGAAAUUUUUCAGACGUUGAACAAUUGCGUCGACAACAUAUGCACGAACAUGAUAACAUUCGUGGGCAACAUUCUGAAACGUGUUUUUCAUGUAGUCAUGGUGCAAAUCAUUAUUCUGAAGGGGACACAAGUGAAUAUGAACGCCAUAUAUUUGUGCAAACUCCCAAUGGAAAUAUUUUAAUUCCUGAAUCACGAGUUUUGGGGCCAGAUGGGGUGCCAAGGCACUUUCCAGUCAAUGUUCCACGGUCAGGGUCCAUACCCCUGAUGCGUGCAUGUGACCCUGCUGGUGGCGUGGUGCGGCCCCUAGAGCCUGCCACCAUGCCGAGACAUUUCGCGAUUGAGAACCCGCCUGUGACCUUCACCCUGAAUGAUCGAGUGCCAAACUGUAGCAACCAGAAUCACGAGUACCAGGAGGCGUGGGAUACACAAAACUUUGUGUUCCCACAUCAGAUUGGGACCUCCAGUCCGAGUGUCCCGUUCUAUCCCGCAGGCCAAACCACGCAAGACUUCGGGUAUUAUGACAAGUUUAAGAACUCUAAACAUGAAUGGAAGACGCGUUUACAACAGCGCUGUUCCUGGAAGUGUUUCGCAAUCAUUCUUCUAGUCCUCAUGCUUGUUUCCCUGGGAUUUGUUGCAUAUUUAUUAAAAACGAGAUUAGUCGACGAUGUACUUGAAGUUACAGAUGUUAAACCAACCAGUAAGACAGCAGACUAUGGAAGCACAUUUUCCCCACCCACUUCCUUCGCUGUUGUACAGUAUCAAAUUGGUGACCAAUCAGAACUAACGAUCGCACCUGGCUCUUUCUGGCAAUCAAAAUUCAACCAAGCGGAACCAAAGUUUGUCAAGUUCAACGUCACGUUGCCUAGCAGUGGUGUCCUUGGAGUGUAUGGUCGUCGGGGUCUUCCGCCAACCAUAGCGCAGUUUGACUUCUUUGAGGUCAUAGAUGGUCGCACAUUGACAACAAGAACAAAACGACAGGCAAAGGAUACCCUUGACACGGCCAUUACAAAGUACCUGGAGACUGGUGUGUGGUUUGUGGCACUGUACAACGACAUGGACCAACCCCAGAAGGUUGUCUUUAAGGCGGAAUUCUACAAGCGUGAGACUGGUUGCCCGGGUGACUGCAAUGGUCGUGGAGACUGUAGGGACGGACAGUGCGUGUGUUACCGUGGAUUCACAGGCUGGGACUGCAUGCAGAGCUCAUGUCCAACACUUUGCAACGGCAAUGGUAAUUACAUCCGAGGCCAGUGUCAAUGUCAUGAAGGGUGGAAAGGUCAGGAUUGUGACAUCCGCACAAGCGAGUGUGAGGUGCCAAACUGCAACGGGAACGGAAUGUGUAUCGACGGCCAGUGUGUCUGCCAUCAGGGUUACAAGGGAUUGGACUGCGGGGAAGUUGACUGCCUUCUACCUAACUGCUCUGGUAAUGGGGUCUGUUCCCUGGGCCAUUGCGUCUGCUUUAAGGGCUAUCGGGGAACAGACUGCAGCGUGCCCGAUAAGAUAAAUAUCACUCACCUCUGUGCAAAAGACUGUUCCGGGCACGGGUUAUACAGCAUGGCGUUGGGGAAAUGUGAAUGUGAACAACUGUUCACUGGGUCUGAUUGUGAAACAGAGAUAUGUCGGCUGACCUGUUUCCAUGGCUUGUGUCGGAGCCAGAAGUGCCAGUGUGACGAGGGGUGGACAGGGGCGCUUUGCGAUCAGUUGAGGUGUGACCAUCGCUGUGAUGGCAUACGCGGAUUCUGUAACAAUGGAACCUGCGAUUGCAGAAAAGGCUGGAACGGAAAACACUGUAGCCUGGAGGGGUGUCCAAGUGAUUGUAACAACAAUGGUGUAUGCGUGAUUUCUGACAAGGGGUGGCUGUGCCGAUGUAAAGACGGAUGGAAGGGGGAGGCAUGUGACAAAAAUAUGGAGACUUCUUGUAAAGAUCAUGUGGACAAUGACGGAGACGGCCUGCGGGACUGCCUGGACCCGGACUGCUGCUUGAGCCCGGAGUGUGAGAAGUCCUUGUACUGCCUCUCCUCCCCGGACCCGGUCGACAUCCUGCUGAGGAAGCAGCCACCCUCCACCACUGCAGCAUUCUAUGAGAAGAUGAAAUUUCUCGUUGAGGAGAACAGUGUGCAGAUGGAGACCUCCAAGAAUGCCUUCAAUGAAAGCCAAGCGUCCGUGAUCCGAGGUCGCGUGCAAUCUGUGGACGGUACCCCACUGAUAGGUGUGAGGGUGGACAUUGACAAGCAGCCUCUGUACGGGUACACACGCUCCAGAACCAGGGGCAUGUUUGACAUCCUGGUCAAUGGUGGAGGGUCAGUCACACUGAAGUUUUCCCGCCAGCCUUUCAUCACACAGACAGUCAGUGUCCUGGUGCCCUGGAACCAGAUUAUCACCAUGGAGACGGUUGUCCUGGGAUUGAGUGAUACUGACCUUCGACCUCCCAACCCUGACCUUUGCUCCAUGGCUCAUGAGCACAGCCUUCUGAAGCCAGUGGUGCUGUCGACAUGGCAACACACGCAGUUGGGUUCGUGUCCUGAACAGAGCACCAUUAUUCCAGAAUCACAGGUGUUGCAAGAGAGUAUAGGCAUCCCUGGCACCAGCGUUAACCUGGUGUAUCACAGCAGUGAGACAGCCGGGUACCGGUCUGUGAUCCUCAUACAGAUGACCCCACGCAACAUGCCCCCCGCCCUUGCCACCGUGCACCUGCGCGUAUCAGUCGAAGGCAUCCUGUUUGAGAAGACAUUCGAGGCGGAUCCUGAGUUGAAGUUUUCGUACGCCUGGGACCGACGCAAUGCCUACCAGCAGAAGGUGUAUGGCAUUGUGCCUGUCAGAGUGUUGGUGGGCUACCAGUACAGCGGGUGUGGAUACAUCUACUGGGAGUCACACAGCACCACGAUGAGUGGCUUUGACCUCACCUCCUCCGAGAUUGGACACUGGAACCUUGACCUUCAUCACACAUACAACUUUCAGGAAGGCAUACUGCACAAGGGGGAUGGCACCAACGUCUACCUGCGAGAGAAACCCAAGAAGCUGGUGGGUAUCCUUGGCAACGGGCAGCGUCGCCGUGCCGACUGCGAUGGAUGUAACGGCCCCGCCCGUGACAACCGUCUGCUGGCCCCAGUGUCUCUGGCUAGCAGCCGGGAGGGCAGUCUCUAUGUCUGGGAUUACAACUUCAUACGCAAGCUGUCCCCAAACAGAGACGAGAUUGCCAGUAUUUUGCAGAUCGGUACGUAUACUUCCCACAAGCCCUACAUGACUGUGAGCCCAGUGGACAGCAGACUGUACAUCGCAGACUACAUGAACAGGCGCAUUAUCAAGGUGAAAACCAUGGGACCAGUCCGUAAUCUUGAGGAGAACUUUGAGGUUGUUGCAGGGACUGGUGAUGAGUGUACGCCCGGGGAGCGAGACCUAUGUGGGGACGGCAAGCUGGCUCUCACGGCAAGGUUCCUGCAUCCUAAAGGUAUUGCCAUAAGCAAGGACGGGGUGAUCUAUGUAGCAGAUGGUGCCAACAUUCGCAGGAUCAGUGCAGACGGCAUCAUCACCACGGUGAUUGGUUCCCAGGACCAGCUGAAGACGUGGAAACCCAUGUCAUGUGACACCAGCAUGGCAGCUAAUGAGGUUCGUUUACACUGGCCGUCUGCCCUUGCCAUAGACCCGCUUGAUGACACACUGCACAUCCUCGACGACAAUAUCGUGCUGAGGCUCACGAAGGACAACCGUGUGGUCACAGUGGCAGGUCGCCCGAUCACAUGUCCCAUGAUCGAUGUGAACUUCUUGCCGACUGGCAUCCUGGCAGACGACGAGCAGGCGUCCAGUAUUGCCAACCACGUGAAACUCGUCAAACCGGAGAGCAUCGCCUUUGGACCGCAUGGAGACUUGUUCAUUGUUGAAAGCGACACACAUCACAUUAACAGGGUGCGUGUUGUGACGACUGAUGGGAGGAUUCACCACUUUGCUGGAGCCAAGUCAAAAUGCGACUGCCAGAAUGAGAACUGUCACUGCUUCGAUCCCAAAGAAACGUCAGCUGCGCAGGCUCUCUUCAAACAAUUGACUGCCAUCACAGUCACUCCCGAUGGCAUCGUCCAUUUCGCAGACUCCGGCAACCUUCGAGUGUUCUCCAUUAUUUCCGAGCUACCGGUGCUUAACUGGCUGGGACAGUACGAGGUUGUAUCCACGGAAACCAAGGAACUCUACAUAUUUAACAGAUACGGACAACAGAUCCACACGGUUAACCUGAUGACUGACCAGUACAUGUACAACUUCACUUACAACAUCAACUCAUUCCACGGAAAACUCGUAGCUGUUACAGACAAUUCUGGCAAAAGCAUUCAGAUCGAGCGAGACUACGACCGACAAGCCAAAGAAAUUCUCUCUCCCACUGGGCAGAAGAGCCAGCUCCAAUUGGACAACAUGCAGCGCCUUCACAAGUUCUUGUCGCCCAAUAAUUCUACGCUGACCUUCACCUACGACCAGAUCAACGGCCUCUUGAAGAGUAAGCAAGCGUCUGACGGGAAGACGUACCUGUACACGUACGACACGAUGGGCCGUCUGCUUAGCGCCAUCCAGCCAACAGGGGAGGUGACUCAUCUGCACACUGAUGUGAACGCAACAGGUUCUAUCGUACACGUGACCACAGAUAACAGUAACACUGUAGCCAUGGCUACCUAUGGCAGUGUACAGUCAGCUCUGCAUGGCGCUGCAGAGACCAAAGUGACCUACUUGCCAGACGGGGCAGUGGUCGUCGUGUUUCCCAGCAAUCUGACUAUCGCUCUUGAGUCCGGGGGAAACCCAAUACUCGAGAACCAACACAGAAUGCACUUCAAACGCAAGCUCAUUGCACCAAACAAACUUGUCCAUCGUCUUGAGUGGCGUUUCUAUCUGAGACGUAAAGGUCGCCCAAAGGAGACGGUUGUGAAACUGGGUCGCAGGAUGCGGGUAGGGGAGGUGUUUACGAGGCAUGAUAGCAUGCUUGACUCGCAUGAGGCCGGGGGAUACAAGGAGAAGGCACUCUUGGUGAACGGUGACAACCUGCUCACGAUUGAAUAUGACCGAGACACGCACACAGAGACGAUUCUCGACAAAGAGCUGCACGAGAUCAUCACACUUGCGUUCGACAGCUCGGGUCUCCCCACCCACUUCCUGCCCACAAAGAACCACCACUCUCUCAAUGUGACGUACAACACCGCAGGGGAGAUAAUCAACUGGAAAUAUGGAGAUUUUGAAGAACAGAGGAUCUUUGAGAAUGGAGUCCUCAAGGAAAGGAAGGGCAACAACGGGGCUCAGUAUCGCUAUAAUUAUCGAUAUGGAAAAAAGCCAACAGACAUUCACCUGCCCAGUGGUCUACAGUACCUUCUCCAGUACGAUGGCGAGGGCAGCCUGCAGAUGGUACGGACCCCGGGCCUCGGGAGACACUCGUUCACCCGUGUCAUCCUCACUGGCUUCCAGCGCUUCUUCUACCAGGUGCCCGCGCUCGAUCUACCCUACAUUGAAGAUUACAACGGUAGCGGGAAACUUACACAGAUCAUCUACCCCAGUGAAUACCGCAAGGUCGUCUAUCGUUAUAACCACUUCUCCCAGCCAACGUUGAUUCUGUUCGGUGAUACGGAAAUUAAUCUUGAGUACUAUCCAACAGUUUCCAUGUUAGCCAGUGCAGAGGUGCACGGUCGAGGAUAUCGUUUGUUGGAAUUCUUUACUUAUGACUCUUCAUUGGUUGAUUCAUACAGAGUGACUUUUCCAGAGGAUUAUCGACUGUCAGACGCACGAUUUACCUACACGUAUGACAGAAAUUUCAGACUUGUCUCUAUUAAUAGUGUUUUCUCCAAAAACUUGACCACGAGUAUGAACUACUCUUUUGAUGACACAAAUGGUUUCAUGCAAGGGAUCAAACAGCUGAAAAUUCAGUGGCCUUUGGUUGAUAGAGUGAAGAUUCUUGACGAACAUGUGGUCAUAAGCCUAGAUAAGGAUUUGUAUGGGAGACCAAAGAGCACAGAGUUUGUGUUCCGGGACAAUGUGAGGUACAAGUUGGACAUCACUUAUGACGAGAUGAACCGCUUGAGCAGCUGGACUCGUGUGAUUGGUCAGACAGACUCGAGCCAGUUUGCGUACAGGUACGACAUAGACGGGAAUCUCAUAGAAGUCAUGCAGGAUGGCGCUUCCAAGUGGAAAUACGGAUAUGACAACAACGGAAACAUUAACAAAGUUCAAAAGCCCGACAUCAACAUGGAAAUGGAAUAUGACGUAGGCGAUAAGAUAAAAUCAUUUGGUAAAAUGCGAUACAAAUUUGACAAGGAUGGCUUCAUGAUCCAGCGCCAUGAUGAGGACCUCAUGUUCAACUCCUACGGACAAUUGGUUUCCGUGACCAACUCGGGCCUGUUCAAGUACACUUACCAGUACGACCACAAGAGCAGACUGGUCGUGGAGAGUGAUCGUCUGGGUAACAUCAUGCAGUAUUUCUACGCGGACAUGCUCAACCCUGACCUUCUGACCCACACCUUUAACCAUAGCAACGACGAGCUCACCCAGUAUUUCUAUGAUUCAAAGGGAAAAAUCAUCGCAUUUGAACGUCAAGACCAGCUUCUGUAUGUUGCCUCAGAUCCCAUGGGAAGUCCAGUGGUGAUUUUUGAUAAGGAUGGUUUGAUCAAGAAAAAAGUUUCCUAUGAUCCGCUUGGCCAAAUCAUCGAUGACUCAAAUCCACAAUUUCAGUUCAGCCUUGGGUUUCAGGGCUCGAUCUACAAUCCUGUAACUAAGCUGGUUAUUUCUGGUCGCAGGGUGUAUGAUGCUGUCAUUGGUCACUACAUUAACCCCGACUAUGGAAGUAUGCUGCGGAAUCUACAACGUCUUGCUGAAGAUCCAAUCAUGAUGAACAACUACCUGCAUCGACACAUUGUGAACACGCACAUGGUGGGCAGAAAGUUUCCAACACUUGAUGUAACAGAAUGGCUGAAGCUUCUUGGAUUUGAUCUCGACAGCUUGGCACCAAAUGUCGGUUACGACGGCACUCUACGUCCAAAAUCACCACAUUCAAACCAUAACCUUCUUCCAACAUCGUCUGCUUUUGAAUGUACAUUCCACAGGGACAUGUUAAACAUGCUCUCCAUUUCAUCAGUUCCGCAGUCACGAGUGUCUCCCAUUCAGCGAUACGACCCAAUUCUUCCGGCUCCAAGACGGGUCAUGUACGAUGACCUUAUUCUGAGUACAGUGAAUAACGAGAUCUCUGUGUCAUACUUAGACGAUACGCCAUCGUGGGCUAAAAAGUUCAGCACUUUCUUGAACCAGUCAGAAAUGCUGGAUUUACGCUACACCAUUCAAGGUCGCAGUAUCAUGUAUUUUGUGAAGCCGGACGCCUCAUUGGUGAAUGAAGAACUUGCUUUGUUAGGAAUCCACGGUAGCACAGCAAUAUACGAGCGUGGUAUUAAUGUGACUGUGAACAGGUUAUCCCAUCCUGAGGGGUAUCGCAUACACUCGUAUACUGAGACUGACGUUCGAUUCCAUGGCAACUAUUCUGUGAUCAAUGUCCGUUAUGGAAGCAGUUAUGACCAUGAGAGACAGCGUGUGAUACGCCAUGCAAACGAGCGGGCUGUACGACACGCCUGGGACAGGGAGAAAUGGCUCAUACAGAACCUGUUAUCUACCUACCAUAGCUGGACUGAGAAGGAAAAGCAGGACAUUUUGAUGGUCGGCUACCUGGAAGGUUUUGACGUUCAGUAUGAGCGUAAUCCAUUGAAAUAUCCAGAGAUAGCAGACGACUGUAACAAUAUCAGAUUUGUGAAACGAUGAAGAUUGAAGGAAGACUAGUUAUGUUCCUAUGAUUGUGAUAUCAUAAUUAUAUGUGCUGAAACAGUUUGUGUGAAGUGUGUUUAAUACACACCUGUAAGGGAGGUGAGUGCUAUAAGCAGUGUUCCAGCCUCCAUUUUGCAGAUACCUUAUCAUGUUGGGGCCAACAUGUGCUGGUUUUAAACUUUCCCAAAUAAUCGCAUGGCAAUUCAGUGUGUCUCUAAACUGACAUGACUUUCUGAUUACAGAAAGAUACUGAAGUUAAAUCAAAAUAAACUUAGGCUGCUGUAUUGAAUUUGAGAUGAUCAAAUUAUGACAGUUGUUUAUGUUGUGUUAUGGUGAAACUUGUUAAGUAUGACUUGAAGAAUGUUGUUAUGUAUUUUUAUGUUAUGUACCAAAGACUGUAAAGACUGGUUUAUAUGUGCAUGUAUGUGUUAUUCAUGACCAAUAGGUGUGCCAUUAUUGUUAUGGGUAAUGAUGUUUUGUCUAAAAAUGUUGCUAAAAUAUCAGACUACGAGGGUAUGUAAGAUUUUAUGCAGUGUUUGUCAAGCAUGCUGUCCCAAGGUCAAGGUCUUAAGGUUGCUUUGAUUUAUGUGUUCAUGAAGAAGGGAAAUUUAAACAAUAGCAAACUAUUAACAUAUUAAAUUCUUGUUACUUAUUAAAAAUACGCACAAACAUUGGUAUAAACCUUAGAAUUUAUCUCAAAACAGCAGCAUAGACAUAUGCAUUAAAAAAAAAAUUAAAACAUAAAAGUGUUACAAAAAAACAUUUACAUUUUUAUAUUAAUUUAAAAGAAACAUUAUUUAUCACUUUAUUCCAUUUUUUACUGGUGAUAACAUUUUCUAACAUUUUACAGAAGUGUAAAGAAUGGUUAAAAAAAGUCAGCUGCAGUAUUUUUUUCGUUACUUGAUACAAUUGUACCGGUAUUCUAUCAAAAUGAGGUCAAAUACUGGCUGCUCAUUGUGGUUACACUGUGCUAAAUGAUUUAUUGUCAUACAUUCUAGUCAUUAUUUAUCAUGGAGUGGAGUAACAACGUUAUUUCAGUUGAAUAUGAGCCAUGUUGUUCCAAAAUCGGCCGUAGAAACAUCCGAACAGUGUUACGCGAGACAUAUCUCUACUUCCGAGUAUAAAGGUGUCAUAAUGCGCAGUCUGGUAUGUAGCCAGGCAGGCUGCUUAUGGAUUUAAACCGAUUUUUGCACGACUUGGCUCAUGGCAUUCAUGCGGUCACUCAUCAAUUGCUGUAAAUAGAUGUUUGUUGUCUGGAAUAAUAUAGGACAAAAUGUAAAAUAGUUUGUGUGUAUAUAUUGCUAUGUUUGUAAUGACACAACUGUGAUUUAUUUUUGUUCUUUUCAAAUAUUUAGUCGUAGACAUUUUACCCAGAGAUGCGAGAAUCAUCACAAAGUUUAUUGGUAUUUGACAUGCUCUUGUAAGUAUUUCUCAAUAGAGAAGCUGACAUGCAAGUUCUCUAUUCAUAUCAGUGGUUUUUAAGAAAUCAGUGGUUUUGAUUAUUAUGUGUGCAAUAUCUAUUGCAUUUAUUAUGUGUAUCACGUUUAACAUGAAAUGUUGUUUCAUGAUUGUGUAUCACAUGGUUUUAUUCCGAGUAUCAUAUUAUUUAAGUUUCCUAUGCAAAUGCUAACAAGGAAAACAAAAUACAGUUACAUGUAUUACAUAAUUCAUCAUAAAAAUGUUGAGGUUGCCAAAUCACUUAGGUGUCUUUUCCAACAAUAACUCAUGACUAAAACAGCUUUGAAAUUGGAAAACAAAUAUUUAUAUCUGCUAUUUUGUUUAAACAAUAUUUAUAUGUUAUUGUUUGUUUUGUAACUGACAAAUUUAUUUUAAGGCUCAGACUUUAAUGUUGUUUUUAAACUGAAUUUUAAUACCAUAUUUUACUUUAGCAAAAAAAUCAUUUUAUGCAAGUAUCAACUAUCAUUUUAUUGUUUUAAUUUACUCACAUUUUGAUGAUUUGGUUCCAAUCUUUCCCUUUAUACUUUAUGAACUAUUUCAAAAAUUGUUCUCAUGGAAACCCCAAUUGUUAUUGAAAUAAUUGUUAUUGAAAUACACAGAGGUUAAUUUUGAUUCAGUGUUUGUGUUGGGCAUUGACAUGAAACAAACCAGAUAUACACAAACUUUCAAAUAAACAGUUACAUUGCUUAAUUUGGUUAAACAAAUAAUACCAAACAGUUUACUUAUAAUUUUUAUUCAUUUAACAUGAUCACGUCUUUCGUAAAAUAUUUCCAUAAAAUUUAACUGGUAUAUUUUAAGUAAUUUUCAGUUUUAUUCAUAUAGUAGUUUUAAGUCAUUCUUUAAACAUUAUCAUUGCCAUCAUGUACAUGUUAAGUGUAAGGUGUAUACCAUGAUGCAUAUAGAUGUUUUAUUAUCAGUCGAUAUCUACAUUUUGUAUUUUAUGAAAACUAAUAAAAUACAUUACUUACAAGCCAAUAA